GCCUGUGCCCUGACCACUGUUCUGCAUGGUCUUCUGUUCUGCAGGAGGGAUCAGAUUAGAGCAGGGACUGCCAGGCUCUCUGCCCCGCUGAGUGCUCUGUAUAACUGCUCAUGCCCAGGCCCUGUCUCCAGUGAUUCAACAUCUAGAGUCUGUGGUGGCCCAGGACCCUGCAUUGUCACAAGCUCCUGAGGCCAUUGCCCUGGCUGUCUUCCUACUUAUCACUUUGCUGGAGCCUGGGGACCUGCAUUUGUGAACAUCUCCCUGUGCAAACUGUCUAUACCCCAGCUGGGAAAGAGUCUCCUGGGAGGACUGGCCAAUCUGACACAAAGGCAUCAGCCGAGCCGGCUGCCAGCGGAGAGAGAAGCUGCAGACAGCAGCAGUGGCCUUGGCUCCCCAGCAUGGCCCCCUUGGCCUGGGCCAUCUGCUGCCUUCUGGGGGGCUCCCUGCUCUGUGGGGGCAUCCACAGGCCCGGCCCCAGCGUGCCCCGCUUGCAGCUCUCCUACCGAGACCUCCUGUCUUCCAACCGCUCUGCCAUCUUUCUGGGCCCCCGGGGCUCCCUGGACCUCCGGGCUAUGUACCUGGAUGAGUACCGAGACCGCCUCUUUUUGGGGGGCCGUGAUGCUCUCUACUCUCUGCGGCUGGACCAGGGAUGGCCAGACUCCCGGGAGGUCCUGUGGCCACCGCAGCCAGGACAGAAGGAGGAAUGUGUUCGCAAGGGAAGAGAUCUUUUGACGGAGUGUGCCAACUUCGUGCGGUUGCUGCAGCCCUACAACCGGACCCACCUGCUGGCCUGUGGCACUGGGGCCUUCCAGCCCACCUGCACCCUCAUCACGGUUGGGCACCGUGGGGAGCAUGUGCUCCACCUGGAGCCUUCCAGUAUGGAAAGUGGGCGGGGGCGGUGCCCACACGAGCCCAGCCGUCCCUUUGCCAGCACCUCUGUAGGCGGGGCGCUGUACACGGGCCUCACUGCUGACUUCCUGGGGCGUGAGCCCAUGAUCUUCCGAAGUGGGGGUUCCCGGCCAGCCCUGCGUUCUGACUCUGACCAGAGCCUCUUGAACGACCCCCGGUUUGUGAUGGCCACCCGGAUCCCUGACAACUCUGACCAGGACAAUGACAAGGUGUACUUCUUCUUCUCGGAGACCAUCCCCUCACCUGAUGGCAGCCCUGGCCGUGUCACUGUCAGCCGCGUGGGCCGUGUCUGUGUGAAUGACGCUGGUGGCCAGCGUGUGCUGGUGAGCAAGUGGAGCUCCUUCCUCAAGGCCAGGCUGGUCUGCUCCGUGCCUGGCCCUGGUGGUGCCGAGACCCACUUUGACCAGCUGGAGGACGUGUUCCUACUGUGGCCCAAGGCCGGGAAAAGCCUCGAGGUGUACGCACUGUUCAGUGCUGUCAGUACCGUGUUCCAGGGUUUUGCUGUCUGUGUGUACCACAUGGCGGACAUCUGGAAGGUCUUCAAUGGGCCCUUUGCCCACAGAGAUGGUCCUCAGCACCAGUGGGGACCCUAUGGAGGCAAGGUGCCCUUUCCCCGCCCUGGCGUGUGCCCCAGCAAGAUGACCGCGCAGCCAGGACGUCCCUUUGGCAGCACCAAGGACUACCCGGAUGAGGUGCUACAGUUUGUCCGAGCCCACCCACUCAUGUUCCGGCCUGUGCGGCCUCAGCGUGGCCGCCCUAUCCUUGUCAAGACACACCUUGCCCAGCAACUGCUCCAGAUUGUGGUAGACCGUGUGGAGGCAGAGGAUGGGACCUACGACGUCAUCUUCCUGGGGACUGACUCAGGCUCUGUGCUCAAAGUCAUUGCCCUCCAGGCCGGAGACUCGGCUGAGCCCGAGGAGGUGGUCCUAGAGGAGCUCCAGGUGUUUAAGAUGCCAGCACCCAUCACUGAGAUGGAGAUCUCUGUCAAAAGGCAAAUGCUGUAUGUGGGCUCUCAGCUGGGUGUGGCUCAGCUGCGGCUGCACCAGUGUGAAACUUAUGGCAGUGCUUGUGCGGAGUGCUGCCUGGCCCGGGACCCAUACUGCGCCUGGGAUGGUGCCUCCUGUACCCGCUACCGCCCCAACCCCAGCAAGCGCCGGUUCCGCCGUCAGGACAUCCUUCAUGGCAACCCUGCCCUGCAGUGCCUGGACCAGAGCCAGGAAGAGGAGGCUGCAGGACCUGUGGCAGCUACUACAGUCUAUGGCAUGGAGCAUAACAGCACCUUCCUGGAGUGCCUGCCCAAAUCUCCCCAGGCUGCUGUGCGCUGGUUCUUGCAGAGGCCAGGGGAUGAGAGGCCUGACGGGGUGAAGACAGAUGAGCGAGUCCUGCAAACGGAGCAGGGACUGCUGUUCCGCAGGCUCAGCCACCUCGAUGCGGGCACCUACACCUGCACAACGCUGGAGCACGGUUUCUCCCAGACUGUGGUCCGCCUGGCUCUGGAGGUGAUUGUGGCCUCGCAGCUGGAUAGCCUGUUCCCUCUGGAGCCAAGGCAAGAAGAGCCCCCAGUCCGGGGAGGCCUGGCCUCUGCCCCACCCAAGGCCUGGUACAAGGACAUCCUGCAGCUCAUUGGCUUCGCCAACCUGCCCCGGGUAGAUGAAUACUGUGAGCGCGUGUGGUGCAGGGGCAUUGGGGAGCACUCAGGCUCCUGGAGCCGGGGCAAGCAGGCUAAGGGCAAGGGCUGGGUGGGGAUGGAACUUGGCAAGAAGGUGAAGAGCCGGGUGCAGGCUGAGCGCAAUCGGACACCCCGGGAGGUGGAGACCACAUAGAAGAGGGCAGGGAAGGGGUGGUCAGGAUGGGCCGGGGGCCCAGCAGCAGCCCUCAGCAUCUCCCACCCAUCCAGCUAGGGCAGAGGAGGCCAGGAUGUCUGGCUGCCUCUUAGAGAUGGGAGUCUCUUUCCCCUACACCUCUAUCAGGCCACCUAUAGGAAAGACUGUGGACCUGAUGGAGGAGCAAGUGCCUGAGGCCUAUUCCCUCCCUGCCCCUCUCUGUGCUCUCAGUACCAGACUGGGGCCAACACCCUGUGGUCAUGGCAGCCCCAAAGGGCCUGCCGUUUGUUCUCAGAGAUGGCCUGGCUUCUGGAGCACAUUUCCGGUUGUGCCCGGAGGCAAGAACAUUGGGUGGUUCUUUCCCAGCCUGCAGAACAAUGGCCAUUCUGAGUGACUCUCAGAAUGGGUAUGUGGGUGGGUCUAAGAAGGUGUCUGGGCAGGAGGCUCUCAGGCACCCUGUAAGGAGGGUGGAAGUGGCCUCUAAGCUAGCACCUUAAGAAGAGGUACCUUGACCAAGUUGGGGAGGGAAAGUGGAGGUAUGGAGCAGGUGGAGCAGCAAGAAACCACCCCCUUUGUGCCCUGAUACCUUGGUGGUCCCCUCCCGUGGCCCACUGCCUCUUCUCCAUCUCACCAUCCCAGAAGCAUAGACUGCUGGAGCCUCCUGGGACCUGAGGGAGGUUGGGCCUCAGGCCCUACUUCACAGACCAGGGAGGGGGCUCUCAUAGCCUGACAUCCUUUUCAAAGGACCUGAGCUGCCAGGCCAGGUUUUCUGGGAUGCCCACCCCUCUAAAUAGGAUUCCCCCACCCACCACCAUGGUCUCCAUGCUGAUGAGCAGGGAGAAGGGUGGAUUCUACGGGAAUGUCAUCCCUAAAUCCUGUGGACUAAAGACGGAGAAGGGAGCUGAGGAAGUAUGGGGGUGGGAGGAGUGAACUGUCUUUCCCAGGGCACUGCAAGCACACCCCCAGCCCUGGGAGGGUGGGAAUGUGGCGGCUCAGCAGGCCUCCACAGUGGGUUCUCAGGAUCAGGGCCAGGGCUUUUUCCAGGGCCGCAGAGGAUUGAGAGGCUGCCGAGGAGGAGAGAGGGUAGGAGACCCUUAGGACGGGCUAUGGGACCCAGGAGCAGGCAUGCUCAAGGACUCAAGAUGGCAUCAAUUAGUUCUGGAGCCACCAGGAAGGCCAGAUGUUUCCAACCCUGGAAUCUCUAUUUUCUGCUAAAUAAGCAUUGGGCAUGAAUAUUUUAUGUAGGAAGACCCUUUUUCUUUUAAGAGAAAAAAUGUAGACAAAAAAAACCAAGAACUAUAAAUCCUGCUGGUUCUUGGGGGUGAGGCUCGAUGGCAGGGACACAUUCUGCCUGGGCGUGUGGGGGAGGUAUUUUUUGCCAUCAGCAGUUUCUCAGGCUGGGGAGCACAAAGGGGGAGGAGGAGGACUAAAUGAGAAGCUGUUCCCAGCCUGCAUGUGAACAAAUUAGUGACACACAAAACCAACAGAAGGAAGACAAGAGAAUCAGGUUUGCAAUUCCCUCCAUGAAAAAAAAAUAAGACAAAGAAAGGAGGGAAAAAAAGAUAAAAAGCAAGACAGGGUUUCCUGCCCCACUGAAACUCAAACCCAGACUGCCUUGAAUUUUAUCUUCCCUGACCCCUGACACCCCCAGAGAACUGGGAUCUGAAAGAGCACCCCUUCUCCCCUCUGACUGUACAAUAAGUGAACCAGAAGCACUGAGGUUAAUCUAACACCACCUUGAGGAUCCUUCCUGCCUGGGGGUGCUAUCUGCUCGGAGGUCAGCAGGUAAAGCAGAGAAGAAGAGGAGGAACAGGGUGGCUGGAGAUAAGGGAGAGGGAGACUGAGGCGCUGAAGAGGAGGAGAGAAUGCAGAGCUCCAGGAAAGGGCGUCAGAACUGCAGCCAGCUCUGCCCUCUAUCCCAGGAAGCCAGAAAGAAACCACCGGGCCCUCAGUUCCUUUAGGCUGGGCCCGGGCUUGGCAGGCUCCAGGCAGGGUCCUCUGGGAGGUUACUAUGGGAAAUGAAGGGAGAAGAGCACAAGAUCCUGAACAACAAACCCCUGCACUUGGAAAAGAAUGGACAGCUUCUACCAGCCACCUCCCCCACCCCCAUGGUACUGUGUGUGUGUGUUAUUAACUCCUGGAAAUGCCUUCUAUGUGUAAGUUUUAUUUUUGUAUUUGUACUUUGAGAUGGGCCUUGUGGUUUCUCUGUCUUCACAUCACACUUCUCAUAAUUACCAUUGUUAUUUUUAUUGUCAUGACUGCUCCUGAACCCUGGAGAGGAAAGCAAAACUUACAAGGAAAGGGAUGAAGUUAAUAUUUACAUAACAUCAUUAUAUCAUUAUUGUACCAGUGUAUUUCUGUACUAAAUUAACUGAUGGUGUCUACAAGAGCCGGAAAUGAAGAACCCUCCCCAUCCGUUGCAUGAGGGAGAAGGUCAUCCUGGGUGGUAUUUUCUGGAAGGGAGAUGGGUAUCAGAGGAAGGAAGGAGUCAGAGGGCUUCGUCUAUGAAGCUGAGAUUGCUCAUUAAAUGAGAAAAAUCCUGCCCUGCA